UGAGCCUAUAAAAUUCGAGCCUAAAAAAUUCGAGCCUAUCAAAUUCGACCCGAAAAAUUCAGAGUUUAAAAAAUUCAGAUUUUUAACAUCCGGGAUAUCAAGGACAGGUAGAGCAAUCGAGCCUCAAUGCAAUCGAACCAACUUCUGACCUAUCAGAGCACAGACCUUCAGUCAAGCACUCCGAGGAAGCGGGAAACCUUCAAGCUCAAGAAAGAAGAGAAGAGGAAAAGAACGAUGGCUACCCGUGACAGCAACCAGGCUUCGGAAGUGCUGCUUGACCAUAUUUUGGGAAGUCUCCGCUCUCGUUUAGAGCAUAUUAUUAGCCAAAUGCCUUUGGAUUUGGACUACUUAGAGUUCGCUGUCACACAAGAGUAUGUGUUUUUAAAUGCUGUAUCCAGUCGGGUGACUGCUUCUCCAGCAAUUGUAGAUGCCCUGACAUCACUACAUAGGCUUAUAAACCUGGAAAAGGAACAAGUUGAACAGCGAACUUCAACGGUGCAAUUUGAGCAAGGACUAGUUGGACGACCACGAAUGGUCCUCUCUCCGGAGUACCUUAGCAGUCUUUUGGACCUUAACUUGUCCAUCCCAUGCAUAGCUGCACUUCUGGGGGUGUCAAAACAAACAGUGCAUCGACGUAUGGCUGAGGCUGAUAUGUCAGUCAGGACACUGUACAGCACUCUCACAGAUGAGGAAUUGGAUCGGUGUGUGAGAGACAUCAAAUCCAGGCAGCCUCACUCAGGUUAUCGGAUGGUGAAAGCCCUUUUGCAAGCUCAAGGACUGCGGGUGCAGUAUGACCGCGUCAGAGCUUCCAUGCACCGCAUCGACACCGUUGGAGUCAUAUCACGUAUGACCAAAUUGGGUUGCAUUGUCCGAAGAACCUACUCAGUUCCAGGCCCCCAGUCCUUGAUGCACAUCGACACAAAUCAUAAAAUCAUCCGCUACAACAUUGUCAUCUUUGGUGGCAUAGAUGGCUUUUCACGGAAGAUAAUGUAUCUUGGUGCAGCCUCCAAUAACCUUGCAUCAACCACCCUGGCCUUCUUCCAAGAAUCUGUGGAGAAGUUUGGUUUCCCUCUUAGGGUACGGGCUGAUCAAGGGGUGGAGAAUGUGGAUGUUGCACACCUCAUGUUUACAGUCCGUGGCACUGGAAGAGGCAGCUUCAUUGCUGGGAAGAGUGUUCACAAUCAACGAAUUGAGAGGCUAUGGAGAGACCUAUGGACAGCUGUAACAAACAUCUACUAUGAUGUCCUUCACUACCUCGAAGAAGAGGGCUUCCUCAAUAUCGCCAAUACAACACACCUCUUCUGUUGCCAUUAUGUGUUCCUACCACGUCUACAAGAUGACCUGGACAAUUUUCGCAAUGGUUGGGACCAUCAUCCAUUAAGAACGGAGGGCAAUAUGACCCCUAAUCAGCUGUGGGCACUGGGUCAAAUACAUCAGCCAAUUCCAGUUCCAGAUCACAUGGCAGGUAUAGAUAUGCCUCUCAUUGAGUGGGAGAACAGUGGACUUACUCCAGACUGCCACUCCAGCAUCGUUGUCCCAGACAUCGAAAGCCCACUGACUGAUGAACAAAUGGCAGCUUUAAGAGAGGCUGUUGACCCAAGAGCUUUAUCCCAGGCUUAUGGCUGUGAAAUCUACACUGCAGCAGUUCACUUUUGUGAGAACAUUUAAAUAACUGAAUGUUUUGAGCAUUUUCAGAAGAACUGGAUCAACUAUAUAAUAAUACAUCAUAUACAUCAAUAGAUUAAAAGAUUCUUCACAUCUCU